CGUACAUCAUUUUCGACAGACAAUGGGAAUGGAUUCUACAUUUGGCUUCUUUUUAUAAAAGAAAAGGAUUACUAUCAACACAUCAAGAGAAACGCAUGAACAAAGGUGAAAGUUGUCAAUCUUGCAGCUUCGUUUGAAUUGCUUAUAGUGUAUUUGGAUACCUCCUAUAAUUAAUUCUAACCCGUAAAAUCAUGGUGAGAAUUUGAAAAAAUUAAAGCAACUAUUUAUUACUUUGAGUUUGACUAUCACCAUGAUUUUUUAAUUGAUUUCUGUGGAACCGAAAGUUAUCCAUACACACACCUAAUAGACAUACUAAUCUCUUUGAUAUAUCAUUCUUGUUGAUUGCAUGUCUGAUCCAUAUACAAAACUAUUUUUAAAACAAUGGAUUGUAAGCAAAAAACUAGAACAAGGGGAAACAGUAUUUUUCAUCCCACAAACACUAGUUACAGUUCUACAACUCGUUGCUUUGUUUACCAGAAGAUUAGUAGUUCAAAGCUUAUGGGGGAAGCAACACUUGCCUGCAGUGGUUGCCAACACAAGUUUCUAGUACCUAUAAGCACAACUGCAUACCGUUGCUAUAAAUGUCUAUGUGUCAGUCAUUCAAUUUCAGGUUCUGAGAAAUCAAGGAAAGAGAGUAGAGCCAAAGUGUUCAAACAUGAUGAAUUGAACAGUGCUAACAAAAAUGGAGCUUUACAGAAAAGUUUAUCUCCUUCACCAGCUUCUUCCUCGUCCUUCUCCACACCAAGAUACAAGCGUGCAGUUAUAUGUGGAGUUACGUAUGGGAAAAGAAAAUUCAAGCUCAAAGGAACCAUUAAUGAUGUUAAAAACAUCAAAAGUCUUUUGCUUGAUAAAUUUAAAUUCCCAAAUGAGUGCAUACGUGUCCUCACAGAAGAUCAGAGGGAUCCUAAUUUAAUUCCAACUAGGAGGAACUUACUUAACUCCUUGCAUUGGCUUGUGGAGAACUGCGACAGCCAGUCAGAGGGUUCAUUAGUGUUCUACUUCUCCGGACAUGGUUCGCAACAACCAGAACAUAAAAAAGGAGAUGAAGUUGAUGGGCUUGAUGAAACUAUUUGUCCUGUUGAUUUUGUUGGAGAUGGAGUUAUCACUGACAAUGACUUAAAUUCUAUCAUUAUUCGACCUCUCAAGAAAGGUUUCAAACUUCAUGCUAUUAUAGAUGCUUGUCAUAGUGGAACAACACUUGAUCUUAGAUGUGUUUACAAAAAAGAAAAAGGUAGUUGGAAAUGGGAGGAUAACAAAGCAUCUAAGACAAAACAAACAAAUGGUGGACUUGCUAUUUGCUUCAGUGCCUGUGAUGAUAGUCAGAUGGCUGGUGAUAGUGCAGCUUUUGAUGGAAAAAAUGAGAAUGGUAUUAUGACCUAUCUUUUCUCAAAAAUAGUCAGAGAAGAUUCUGAAAUAACAUAUGCCAGGUUACUAGAAAAUAUACAUGAGGAAAUUGGAAUGAUCCAUCAAAGCAAAUUCUAUAACGGCUGCUUGAGACGUAUUUUUUAUCGAAAAAUUGACCAGGACCCUCUUUUAUCAUCGUCAGAGGAAUUUGAUAUUUCUAAUACAAAAUUUGAAUUGUGAGCAUGGGAGUUGGAAAAGACAAUUAUCUCAUUUGCUAUUUGGUUGACAAGGUCAGGAUCAGGACCAAAUGUUGGCUAUUCACCAUAGAUUCAUAGCUGUCAUGACAAAAGAAGUAAUUGUGUUGGUGGAGAUGUUUCUACAACAACAGAAGAUAAAAUAAACAGGGCAAGAUUUUAAACCGAAUGCAAAAAGUUUAAUCCCUUAACCUUUUUGCACAUUCAAUUAAACCCUUGAACAAUUGGCAAUCUAUCUAUUUAUAUCUAUUUCUUCAAGCAUAAGGUGUAAUGUUGACAACUAAGCUAACGUUUUCCUUUCACAUUAUCAUUUUUAUUAUUGUCUGUUCGAUACU